AUGGUGAUCACAGGUCUUCUGUCUUUGUCCGAGAGACAGGCCGCAUCGGCUUCUCCUGAAUACAAGGAUGAAUCAUAUGCAGGCAACUUACUCGCUAUUCACGGAACGUUCUGCGGGGUGGCACUCCUGUCGGUGAUUUUACGUCUCUAUGUCAGGGUAUUCAUGCUCAAGAGUGUUGGAAUCGAUGACUAUCUUAUGGUUGCAGCCGCGGUUCUUUCCAUCGCUGUUGUUGUCUGCUUCUGUGGAGAGAAUGCAGCGGGCGGUCUUGGGAGGCACCCUGCCCUUGUUUCUCCGGAAGACUUCUCAAACUUUAUGCACUGGCGGUAUUUUCACUCAUUGAUCAUCAUGGUUGGAAUCAGUUUGGUCAAGAUAUCCAUCGCUUGCUUUCUCCGCAGAUUUGUGCCCAACAAGAAUUAUCAGCGCUUCCUGCUUGGGUCGAUCGUCUUCCUAGUUGCAUUCACUUUAUCCUGCGCCGGAACUUUGAUAUUCAACUGCGGGCUGAAGCCCUCCGCAAACUGGAAUUUCGCAUUGCGCGCCACUGGGGAAGCCAAAUGUUUUAGCGACACGACUUUCACCAACAUUGGAAUCUUCAACAGCAGCGUCAACAUUGCGACCGAUGUGCUCUUCGCUGUGCUUCCGAUUCCUAUCAUUUGGCGCCUCCAAACGAACCUGCGCACUAGGCUUACCCUGAUCUUCAUUCUGAGCUUGGGACUCUUCGCCUGCGUUUCAAGUAUCGUCAAAACAGUGAUUCAGGCUGGGGUACUCUCCGACCCAGACUGGACUUAUCGCGAUUCCUUCUUCAUGUGGAACAACAUCGAGUUCAAUAUUGGCAUUUUGGCCGCUACUCUACCAACUUUGCGACCCCUAUUCGCGAAGAUCCUUGGUGUCACUCAGAAAUUCACCUCUGGUGGUAGCCGAAGUCGUCCUACGCACUACGGUGGUGGUUACGAUGCAGAUGGUCUUGCAUACCAUAAGCACGCCAGUACGAACCCAACAUCGAGGGCGACCCGAUCCAAAGACUACUAUCAAUUCGGCUCUCGACAUUCUACUGAAUUGGCCGACCUGCAAAGGGGGGCGAGUACACACGCAUUUAGCCGCGAUCCAAACAAAACGCCCGGCGUGACGAGCACAGUGACGGUCGGAGACAAUGACAGUGAUAAGAUCAUGUUGAACGAGCCCGAUUUUCAUGCAGUUGGGGAUGACAAGCACUGGGAAUCGCCAGCAUCACCACCCAGAGGAGGAAUUACGAAGACCACGACAGUAAAUAUCUCCACAUAUAAUUGA